AUGGGCCAGAGCCUCUUUGAGCGUAUCCAGGCCAAGCUGGAGCUCUUCCGCCUUGAGCAACGCUACACCCGUCGCCGUAACCGUCGAUCCACCUUCGUGUCCAACGCCGUCUAUGUCGACGGCGAAUACGUCUACCAGACUCCCAACAGCACUGGCUCCUCGACAGAGUCCAGCGCAUCUCGCAACGACGCACUGCAUGGCGACCGUGCUUCGCCUAUCCCUCGGACUCCCUCGUACUCCACGACACCCGAGCCUCAGACUCCGACUAUGGAAGCUCUGCCUGAGCGCAAGAAGCUGAACCGCUUCAGCUCAAUGCCCGGCUUUGGAGGAUCUCGAGUAGACCAGCAGAGGACAGUCCAACGCCGAACCAGCAUGAUCCGGUAA